GAAACAACAUUUUUUUUUUUUUUAUAAAGUGGUUUUGGGGGUUUAAAUGGGGGCAAUUCUAUUUCAACAUGAACAUCCAAAUCAAUAGUGCAAUGGUUGAAUUAGUCAUUUGUUUGAGUGGCGUUUGUGAGUCUAACCUUGAAAUUGACAUUAUCUCGGGGGCAAGGCGGAUAAGCCUCAGGCCAACAUCGUGGAGUUUUCACACUGCAACAGACUGAUUAGAUGCAUGGCUGGAGACUAGUUCUGGGAAAAAAGAAACCCACAGGCACAUAUUUGGAGCGGGGGAAAAAAAAAAACAGGAUGAAGUCCAAGGGGAAAGCUAUAAAAGCAUCCAGAAGAACCUGGUCUGACCCAGAGCCAGAACUUGAACCAGACACAGAAGCGGAACCGGGCUCCAGUGAGCAAGAAGACUCGGAGGCCUCGGUGAGGAUCGGCUGCUCCUGGAGAGGUUCCUUGAGGAGCAGGGAGGGUAAGCGGCAAGGAGGGGGCGGAGGUCGUCGGCGACACAGCUCCACCACCAAGGAGCGCAGCGUCCGGCGCUUGGAGAGCAACGAGAGGGAACGCCAGCGCAUGCACAAACUCAACAACGCCUUCCAAGCGUUACGCGAGGCCAUCCCGCACGUGAAGACGGACAAAAAACUCUCCAAGAUUGAGACGCUGACACUGGCAAAGAACUACAUCAAGGCCUUGACUUCCAUCAUCCUGGACAUGUCGGGGGCCUGCAGCGAGGACCCGUCGGAGGCCAGUGCCGCCAAACUGCUUGAGUGCUACCAGAAACAUCUUGAGGAGGAAGGCGAGGAGGGGCUCACCCAGUAUCUCACCCACAUGCACAGUUUAAGCCAACACAGCUAGCAGAGCAAGCUAGUAGACUUUGGGGGGGAUGAAAUCAAGUUCCUGCAGGUGCACUGCUUGAGGGAUCCAUUCAGGAAGGGAGCCCAGUUGACUUUAUACUGCAGCGCUUGAACACUUAAGUGGGCUGCUCUUCAAGCAAAACGAAGGGUGAACUUAAUUUGGCAAGAUCUUCAGACUCUCUUUUUAACGUCUUAGUUGGGAAUUCUUACUCUCCUUUUGUAACUGAGUGAUCUUCCUGCUUUUUUUUUGU